UCCGUUUGGGUCUUGGCGCUGCUUGCGUCAUGGCCUCGGUUCGCCCCGUGCUUCGGCGCUUAGGGAGCGACGGGGGCCUGGAGCCUUGUUAGGCUCAGAUUGCUGUCCGUGGCGGAGCCUCGGGCUGCGGACGGUCUCUUCCCACCCCCCUUUCCUCCAUCCCACCCCCCUCCUCACAGAAACCCAGCUGUCUGUAGAACCUCUGCAUGAGAGCUGCUUGGGACUCUUUGCUAGUUCAUCACUAGCUGCAGAAUGUUUCCUUUUGACAUCUUUGUCCUAUCUGCCUAACUUUCAUCGUGGGAAUAAGAGUUCUGGAUAUCUAUCUAGAGAAACACCUGGAUCACAGUCUUUCAUGGCAUCAUCCAGAGAGCCAGAUGUGCCUGCUAUUGAGCACAGUACAAGUGGGCUUCUAGGCAAGAUGUCUUUGCCAAUUGGAAUGCAUCGUCGGGCAUUCAGUUAUGAUGAUGUCCUGGAGGAUCCCACACCGAUGACUCCACCUUCAUCUGACAUGUGCAGUAAGGUUCUGUGGAAAAAGCCGGUCAUCCCAGAUCGGAAGUACCAACAGCUUUCCAAGGUUGAGGAAGGAGAAAAUAGUUUCUCCAUUAAUCCCUCAGCUUCCAGUGACCAAAUGAACAAGGCCCCAGUGGUGAAGGCCAAAGCUACACACGUCAUCAUGAAUUCUCUGAUUACAAAACAGACACAAGAGAGCAUCCAUCGCUUUGAACAGCAGGCAGGGUUGACAGACGCAGGAUACACUCCCCAUAAAGGCCUCACCACAGAAGAAACCAAGUACCACCGUGUGGCAGAGGCAGUCCAUAAAUUGAAGUUACAAAAUGGAGAAAUGACAAAAGAAGAUAGACUGACUGCUUCAACACAGUCUUCUCCAAGUAGUACACCCCAUUCUUCUCCCAAGCAAAAGCCUAGAGGCUGGUUUACUCAUGGAUCUUCUACUUCCUUACCUGGACUAGAUAUCUGCAGCAUGGACUCUGAGAAUGGAGAUAGAGACAAACCCUCAUCUGAAAAAUGGAGCCUUUUUGGACCAAGACCAAGAACCCUUCAGAAAUCCGACUCGGGUUUCAGUGUCCAGUCCUACAGAGGUACUCAGAAGCCAUCACCAAUGGAGAUCAUUCGGGUUCAGGCUACUAGAAUUGCAGAAGACCCAGCAGCGUUCAAGCCACCUAAGAUGGACCUUCCUGUGAUGGAAGGAAAGAAACCACCUCCACGAACCCAUAACAUCAAACCAAGGGACAUGAAUGUGUUGACUCCUACAGGAUUCUAAAGCUCCCCUUUUCAUAUGAGCAAAGUUUUUUCCCUGCUGACCACUGUUAUGUAGAGAGAGAGUAUUUUAGACUUUUCUUUUCUUCCCAUCCAUCUUGCACUUGAUGUAGGAAUGAUGUCAUCCAUUUACAAUUCUGCUGAAGAUAAUAUUCCUGGGGAAGUAGUGAUUGUUUCUUUUAAAUAUUUGUAGCAAAGCUUGAAUCUUUCUAAUGCAGAAAAACCUAUUCUGUAAUGUCCCAAAGUUGGUAUGAAUAACUUCUCAAAGUACACUUGAUCACAGCCAGUUACUGAUGUAUAGAACUAGAUUGCAGGGGGUGAGGGAAAUCAUUAAAAUCUGGUAGACUUUGUUCUGCAUAUUUUAUCCAAGAUAAAUAUUUGUUUGGUGCUUC